AUGGAGGAAUACAACACUUACACAACUCCUUUAACAUCUAGAUAUGCUUCUCGUGAAAUGUCUCACUUGUUCUCUCGGGAGAAGCGUAUCAAUACGUGGAGACAGCUUUGGUUGAAUCUUGCUACGGCUGAGCAGAAGCUCGGUUUAAACCAAAUUACUGAUGAAGCUAUUCAACAAUUGAUGGAGCAUGUUCAAAUUACAGCUCCAGAAUUUGAAACUGCCGCUAAAGAAGAGAAGCGUCAAAGACACGACGUUAUGGCCCACAUUUACACUUACGGUUUGGCUGCCCCAGCCGCCGCCGGUAUUAUUCAUUUGGGUGCUACAAGUUGCUUUGUUACUGACAAUGCCGACCUAAUUUUCUUACGUGAUGGUAUGGAUAUCUUGAUCCCCAAAUUAGUGAAUGUCAUCCACCGCCUAAGCCAAUGGAGCAUGCGUUAUAAAGAUGUUCCCACUCUUGGCUUUACCCAUUAUCAACCUGCUCAACUUACUACAGUUGGUAAGCGUGCUACAUUGUGGAUCCAAGAGUUAUUGUGGGACUUGCGUAACUUCGUUCGUGCUAGAAACGACAUUGGCUUCCGAGGCGUAAAAGGUACAACUGGUACCCAGGCUUCUUUCUUGGCUCUCUUCGACGGUGACCAUGACAAGGUUGAAGAACUCGAUGAACUUGUUGCUAAGCUUAGCGGUUUUGACACCGUUUAUCCCGUAACUGGUCAAACUUAUGAUCGCAAGAUUGACAUUGAUGUUCUUCAACCUCUGGCUUCUUUUGCCACUACUGCCCAUAAAAUCGCUACUGACAUUCGUCUUCUCGCCAACUUGAAGGAGGUCGAGGAGCCCUUCGAAGCUGGUCAAAUUGGUAGCUCUGCCAUGGCCUACAAAAGAAAUCCUAUGCGUUGUGAACGCAUUUGCUCACAAGCUCGUUACAUUAUGAAUCUGAUUCCUAAUGCCCUUAAUACUUUUUCCGUUCAAUGGUUCGAGCGCACUCUGGAUGAUAGCUCCAACCGCCGUUCGCUCAUCCCUGAAGCUUUCUUGUUUACUGACAGUGUCAUGAAGAUUCUCUUGAACGUAAUUUCAGGUAUGGUCAUUUAUCCCAAGGUUAUUGAAAAGCAUGUCAAGGCCGAGCUUCCCUUUAUGGCUACUGAGAAUAUUAUCAUGGCCAUGACAAAGCACGGCGCUAGCCGUCAUGAAUGUCAUGAACAAAUUCGUGUCUUGUCUCAUCAAGCAGGCCGCGUUGUAAAGGAAGAAGGUGGUGACAAUGAUUUGAUCGAACGAAUCAAGAAAACGGCUUACUUUGAGCCGAUUCAUAAUGAAUUGGAUUCGUUAUUGGAUGCUUCUACCUUCGUUGGACGCGCUCCUGAACAGACUGAAUCUUUCGUUAACAAACAUGUUGCCAAAGCCCUUGGACCCUUGAAGCAUAUGAUUACUGAAGAAAGGGUUGACCUUGCCGUAUAA